AUGGGCGGAAAGUCUGACGAGGAAAAGGCGGCUCGCAAGGCAGCGCGUAAGGCGGCCAAGCGUGCGGCUGAAGAAGCGGCGACGGCAACGACGGCAACCGACUUGAGCGUCGCUGAGCCGGAUCAAAAGAAGAAGAAGAAGGAGAAGAAACACAAGAAGGAGAAGACGGAGAAGACGGAGAAGACGGAGAAGAAGGAGAAGACGGAGAAGAAGGAGAAGAAGGAGAAGAAGGACGAGGUCAAGACGGAAGGCGCGACCCCGGCCGAAAAAGUCAAAAAGGCCAAAAAAGCCAAGGCAGACAAGGCCGAGCAGGCAGAGGUGGAAGUGGCUGAAGCAAAGAGCAAAAAGAAGAGCAAGAAAGAGAAAAAGAGCAAAAAGGACAAGACGCCCACCGACAAGCGCACCGCAGACGAAGCCCCCGAACCCACUGCCAAGCGCGCAAAGCCUGCGGCAGCCACAGCGAGCACGUCGGCUGCGCCGGCUUCGGGUCGAGCCUGGAACGAUUGGUCCAAGGCUGACUUUGGCAACGAGCAACAGAAGAACAAGUUUCUGCGCCUCAUGGGUGCCAAAAAGGCGGGUGCCAACAGUGGAAGCGCGGCUGGCAGCGGCAACGAUGUCAAUCAAGGUACACAAAUCAACAAACAGCUCGAGCGUCAGUUCACCGACGCGCUGCAGCGACAACAGGAGGCCAGCCGUUUUGGCAUGAAGCGCACCGGAUUUUCCGUGUAG